AUGGCCAAUCUCUCAUGCCUUGCAAUCCAACUCCUAACGUUCUUGCUCUUGCUCAUCGGUCGUGCCCAUUCGGUCUCCUUCAACUUCUCCGGAUUCCUGCCCAACACCGGCAACUUGACGUUCGAGGGCGACGCGUUCACGUCGAGUGGGGGGAUCCAGCUGACGAGGAACCAGCAGGACAACAACCUCCAGAACAGCAUCGGGCGGGUCUCCUACGACAAGCCGGUCCGCCUGUGGGACUCCAAGACGGGGAGGCUGACAGACUUCACGGCCCACUUCAGCUUCGUGAUCAACGCCCUGAACAACACUUACUACGGGGACGGCAUUUCCUUCUACAUCGCGCCGUUCGAUGCCGUUAUCCCCGCCAACUCAAGCGGCGGCUAUCUUGCCCUGUUCGAGCCAAGCAUGGCCAUGAACACGUCUGCAAACCAGAUCGUGGCUGUCGAGUUCGACAGCUUUAAGAACUCGUGGGACCCAAGCCCGGACCAUGUGGGCAUCAACAUCAACUCCAUCGUCUCGGUCGCGAACGUGUCCUGGAAGACCAGCAUGAAGAAUGGAUCCACAGCCAAUGCUUGGGUCAGCUACGACUCCACAAGCUUUAACUUGAGCGUCUUCCUUACUUAUGCCAAUAACCCCGUCUUUAACAACAACUCAAGCCUCUCGUACGUCGUCGAUCUGAGGAAAAUCCUUCCGGAACAGGUCAAAAUUGGCUUCUCUGCCGCGACUGGUCAGUUCGUCGAGAUUCAUGAAAUCCUUUCCUGGUCGUUUAGUUCAACCUUGGAGGAUGGCAAAAAGAAAAGAAGCCUUGGCUUGGUCCUCGGCGUAGUCCUAGGUUCUGGUUUGGUAGCAUGUGUACUAGGAAUUGGUUGGUUCCUCUUUUGGAGGAAGAAAUCUCGGCGUAGUAAAGGAGUUUCAAUGGUCGACAUCUCGAUUGAUGGUGAAUUCGAGAAGGGAGCUGGACCGAAGAGGUUCACAUACCGUGAUCUUGCCCGUGCGACCAAUGAUUUCACCGAACGAGGUAAGCUGGGAGAGGGUGGAUUUGGAGGAGUUUAUAAAGGUUUAUUAAGUGAAUCAAACAUGGAGAUUGCGGUCAAGAGGGUGUCCAAGGGAUCGAAGCAGGGCAAGAAGGAGUAUGUGUCGGAAGUGAAGAUCAUCAGCCGGCUACGGCAUCGGAACUUGGUACAACUCAUAGGUUGGUGCCACGAAGGAGGCGAGCUCCUUCUAGUUUACGAGUUCUUGCCCAACGGAAGCCUUGAUUCGCACCUUUUCGGAGGCAAAACCCACCUGACUUGGGCUGCAAGGUACAAAAUAGCCCUCGGCCUGGCCUCGGCCUUACUCUACCUCCACGAGGAGUGGGAGCAGUGUGUGGUGCACCGGGACGUGAAGUCGAGCAACGUGAUGCUUGACUCCAACUUCAACGCGAAGCUGGGUGACUUUGGGCUCGCGCGGCUUGUGGACCAUGACAUGGGCUCUCAAACCACUGUCUUGGCAGGCACGAUGGGGUACUUGGCCCCAGAAUGCGUGACAACUGGAAAGGCCAGUAAGGAGUCGGAUGUGUACAGCUUUGGAGUGGUGGCGCUCGAAAUAGCAUGUGGCAGGAAGCCGGUGGAGCUGAGGGUGGAGCCGAGCAAGGUGAGGCUGGUGGAGUGGGUGUGGGAUCUGUACGGAAGAGGCCGAGUGGUUGAAGCAGCCGAUCCGGGGUUGAACAUGGAGUUCGACGAGCGUCAAAUGGAGUGCCUCAUGGUGGUAGGACUAUGGUGCUGCCACCCGGAUUACAGCCUAAGGCCGCCGAUAAAGCAGGUGAUAAAUGUCCUAAAUUUCGAAGCUCCCUUGCCGAGCCUCCCAUCAAAGUUGCCAGUGCCGAUGUAUUACGCGCCCCCGAUGGAUAUGCUGAAGUUCUCGUACACAUCGCCGGGGCUCACGGAAUCGGAUAGAACUCAGUCUUCUCUUGCCAGCGGCUCUACUUAUUCAUCUACUCAGACAGGUGGAUCUGGAAAAGCUCUAUUGAGUCAUAACGGAGCAGAGUAGUUUAGGCUUCUGGUUUCUAUUGGCGUUUUACUUACCUUUUUUUCUUUUUUGUUUUGGAGUGAAAGAUGAAAAUCUUGGAAUGUAAGGGUUGUUUUUUGAAUCCUUCCUGUUAAUUCUUUCUUUUUAUUCUGGACAUAGUUGCAUGUCUAUGAAGAGCUUGUAGUUUGAAUUCAGUAAUGUAAAGUGGACUUAUUCUUUUAA